AUCUAUCUCAAUUACCUCCUCCUCAUCAACUAAGCCAAUGUCAAUAGCUCAGCAGAGUUGCUGCUGCUGCUGCUAUUACAACAAUCCAUCUACAAAUUCUUCUAAUCUUCCAUUCGUUGUGAAUUCUGCGAGUCCUCCGAUAACAAAGAAAUUUGGUUUUUGGAAUUCAUUAUCUACUAAAACGACAACGAGCUUUUUGGGUUCUUCAAAUCAUCCAUACCAUAAGUUUACUUCAUUUCGGUGCAAAAAUGGGAUUAGGGCAUCAAGUAAUUCUGAUUACUACUCCAAAUUGAAUUUGAACAGGAAUGCUACCUUGCAGGAAAUCAAAAAUUCUUACAGAAAACUCGCUCGUCAGUAUCAUCCUGAUAUGAACAAGAGCCCGGGGGCAGAAGACAAGUUCAAAGAGAUUAGUGCAGCAUAUGAGGUCUUAUCAGAUGAUGAGAAAAGAUCUUUGUACGACCGCUAUGGUGAGGACGGUUUACAGGGAAAUUUUGGCACAUCGGAUUUUGAUUCACAGGGGGUGGACGCCUUUGACAUCUUUGAUUCAAUUUUCGGAGAGCAAAAUGAUAUAUUUGGAGGCAGCAAUAUGAGAAACACUCGCAGCCAAAGUCUUGACAUUCGGUACGACUUGUAUUUGAGCCUCGAAGAAUCUGUUUUUGGAGGCAAAAGGGAUAUAGAAGUAGCCUAUUUAGAGACAUGUGAUGAUUGCCAGGGUACAGGUGCGAAGACUGCUAGUUGCAUAAAAUUAUGCACCGACUGUGGUGGUAAGGGAAGAGUGAUGAAAGCUCAGAGAACACCAUUUGGUUUAAUGUCUCAGGUAUCGACUUGUUUAAAAUGUAGUGGUGAUGGAAAGAUUAUCUCUGAUAAUUGCCGAAGGUGUAAUGGCGAGGGUAAAGUGAAGUUGAAACGUAAUAUCCAAGUAGUUAUCCCACCAGGUGUUUACGAGGGAGCCAGUAUGCAAAUUCAAGGAGAAGGGAAUUCUGACAAGAAUAGGGGUAUAGCAGGUGAUCUCUAUUUGUUUGUUCAUAUCAAGGAGAAAGCUGGAGUUCGGAGAGAUGGUUUGAACCUUUAUUCAAAAGUCAAAAUUGAUUACAGCGAUGCUAUACUAGGGACUGUUUUGAAGGUAAAUACAGUUGAGGGUUUGAGAGAUAUUCAAAUUCCUCCUGGUACACAGCCUGGAGAUGCCGUAAAAUUGGCUUCAAUGGGCAUUCCAAACAUGAAAAAACCUUCUGUUCGAGGCGAUCACCACUUUAUCGUAAAUGUUGAGAUUCCAAAGGAGAUCAGUGACGAAGAGCGCGUUCUUGUUCAAAAGUUGUCCUCAUUAAAAGCAUCAUCCCGCAAGGCUCGUUCUGCUUCCUCUAACGGAGCUUGCGGAGCGGAACCUAAUACAGAUGAGGUGCCAAACCAUGCUUCAAACACUGGGGUCAGAAGUAGUUCUUCUCUGUGGGAAUCUGUCAGGAACUUUUUCGGACAAAAACAGUCAGGAACAAAGUUUGCCACAGUUAGCUUGGAAGCGUCGACAUGGAAUCAUUAUGGCAUAAGAAAACCAGCUCCAACAAUGGAGAUUUUAUAUUUUGUGGUCUUUAUUAUAGCAUGCAUGUAUCCCUUGAUGAGUAGGAUAAAUUCCCAGAGAACAUUCUUGAAAAAAGGAGAACGAUUAUCUCCAUCUAAAACAUCGAAAACAUUCCUAACAGAUUCAAUUUAGAUAUACUUUUGCUGUUCCAUGGUGCUCAAACAAGAAAUGCAAUUGGUUCCCUAAGGUUCUCAAUAAUACAGCUUUUAAGUGCUGGGUUGAAAUAUCUCUUUCUUGUUUUGUGAUUAUUAUUGCACUGUAAUACUGCAAGUGUAAAUUCAGCUAUUUCUGUUCUUUUGUUA